UAACCUCAAUCGGCUCGAUCAACAUUUCUCCUCCAGAGAGUCCGGAACCAAAGGCCCGUGGCCGACGACUCCGACCCCACUCUACACGUUUACGGCCAAUAUUGAUCUUCGGCAGAAGGCAAGGCCAGGAAGAAAAGAAGAGCAUUUCUCCUCCGACCGUGGAGCGGACUGACGAGUUCGGUGUCGCUGAACGAGAAGACUACUUGCGCUUCGUCGAAACUAGUUGAAAAGCAUCGCUCUGAUACAUAUUGUAUGAUAACAUGAAUAACGACGACAAGUUGCAGAAGCGGAAGAAGAGAAAGCGGAAUGACGAGAGGGAAAAGGCCGAAGCUUCCACGAACAAUCAACAAACUGUAAUAUCUCAAGAGAAGACGCCAGAGAGGAAGAGAGCGAGAGUGAACGACAGCCGUGAGACUGCUACUACUAAUACGGAUGUCUCGACGGAUUCGAGUCAAAAUGCGAAGCAGCCGUCUAAAAGGCAGUUGAAAAAGCAGAAGAUUGCCCUGCAAGAACUCAAAAGCGCUGAAAUGCGUAAAGAACGUGUUUUGCAACAGGCACACAACUAUAUACUCAUGUGGAAACAUAGCAGAAAGGAAUGGAAAUUCGAGAAGCUCAAGCAGAUCUGGUUGAUGGAUAAUAUGAUGAAGAAGCAUGCCGUUUCUGACGCGAUGUUUCCCACCGUUCUGGAGUAUUUUGAAGAGUGUAAAGGCAGGGCGCGUAAAGUGUUGAUACAAAAAGCUAUGGACAUUAUAAAGAAAGUCGACGAGGAAACGAACGAAGAGUGCAAAAGAGCGAUUAUGGACACAGUUGAUUAUAUUAGAGCGCGAGAACUUUUACAGACUUUAACACCUGACGAGAAAUUUUGAGCUUGAAAUAAAUGAGGAAACGUUGGGAA